AUGUCUGUCAUAUAUGAGAAGAUAAUACUUUGCUAUGGAAUGUGGGAUAAGAUCACGAGAUCACGGAUCCGACAUGCUGGACAUCGAAUUGAUCUGAUCCGAGGCAGGCUGAAGAGGAAGAAAGAGAUGGUCUGGUGGGUAACCGUUAUAAUUGUAAUAUCCGUAUUAUGUUCUAUUUCCUUUCUAUCGACCGCCUAUGAUUUCGUCGGAUUACGGUAUCGACGCGUACGUGCGAAAUCGCAGCUCGUUCGAUUCGACGAGAUAAUGACACGAGUUGGUAACGGGACUGUGACUGGUACACCGCUUGCACCAAACGAACAAGUUCUCCGCGCAGUUUGCAAGUGUAAUCUUAUCGGCACAUCAAGCCGUAAUUUCUAUCGUGUACGAUCGAUGUCUCCGAUCGCAUUCGAAUGCGAUGCAACCACAGCAUCCUACAAUCGCAUGCCACCUACACCGACCAUAUUCGAUAAUUGA